AUGAACAAGGCGGGUGUGUAUUCUCUCCGCACUGACCCUUCCCUACAGGAUUACUACGACGCCUGCGCAGAGGGGAGUGGAGAUGAGGGUAAUGGCAGCGGGGAUGAAAGUGAUCAGGAUUCUGGGAACUACUGGCGCUCCACGCGGCGCUCGCCGCUUCGUGGCAAAGCCCGGCUAAGGCUUUACCAGCGUGAUUCCGUCCAGAAACUGCUGCGCGAUCAGGGCUACUUCGCGAGUCGGGGCCCCGAAGCGGAAGCCGCAGCCUCUCUUCUCUCUAGGCCUCUGGUUUUUGCCGGUGGGAGCCACGAGGCAAACAUGUCGUGCUCAAGACAGCUACUUCCGCCAUGCACAAGCAAUGACAGUUACGUUCCCACAACGGAAGAGCGACUCAUUUUUGAUGCACUGUGUGCGCUGCGCCAAUCGCCCAGUACAAGCUUUGCUGCGUCAGCAGGCCCCGAGGGAGCCAGUAAUCUUGAUCGCCCGGCCGUCUGGGCGCUACGGAGGGAUGUAAUGCAUACUGCGUCAUUGAGGGGAAUCUCUCUUAGCGUCCGUUCACUCGUGGAUACGAUACUCACUGGUUCCAAUGAGGUGGCACGGGCCGAGUGGCAACUUCAGUCUAUUUCAACAUCCCUCUCCAAAGAAGAUCUGAAUACAAUGGAAGAUGCUUUCACCGAUUAUUCCGUAACUACCAGUGGGGAUGAGGCAUUAAUGUUGGCGUCACACCUCGUCCUCCGUCGGCUCUGCGGCAUUGUUCGAAGUAUCAUGCGGGAUGUUUCGAUGUUGGCGCUGGGUUUCCUGGAAGAUGAAGAGAGACAGCAGAGGCAAACUAACUCCUCAAGCUUCACGUACCAUAGGAGGAUGGAAAUAGAAAAAGGCGUUGAAGAGGUGCUUCUUCCUCUGCGGCGGUGCAUUCACAUAAUAGACUGCGCUUGCAAGCUGGAGGAGCGUGCAGAAAGCGAAACGGGCGAAGAAGAUGACAUAGACUCUAUCGAUCGUGCUUCAGGGUUGAUGGACUACCUUAUUGUUCGGAUGAGUGCGCUUCAGGACAGUAGCACGAUGGAUUUAUACCGGUUCUACAUGGUGCUUUUGAUGUUCUUCAGUUGGCCGUACGUGCAGCUCAUAACGUCUGCUAUUUUUGGUUUCGUGACGAAGAUCGAUUCGGACAUGUGGAGGUCGCGUGUGCCGCGUAUCUUCCGCCUCUCUUUUUCCCAUAUCCGUGUGGGGGAGGACCCCCGACGGGGUCAGAAGGCAGCCAUCCUCCCAACGGAUAUACUUUCUCACGUCUUUUUGUGCGUUGGACAUGCUCGACCGGAGGGGCGGCGGUGGUCUGGACGCGAUGAGGGAGAGGGUGGGCACCAGCGGCAGAGGCAGUCGUUAAGCCGAGCCGAGAGGCGGGCCGCAUAUGGGUCAAUGAUGUCGUCGCGUAGCUUCAUUCUUCAUAGCUUUGUUGCCUUCGCUCGGCAAAGAGCGCUCAAGGGGUGGCGGCGCAAGCGAAUGGCGGACCAUCACGCCAUCUCUGGUUGUGUAGAGCAAGACGAGUGGGAGUUGUGUCGGUUUGGGCGCCUCGGAUCUUCUGUUGAAGGUGGCGCCACAGAUGCGUUGCCGCUAGCGUUGUGUACUUGUCAUACAAGUGCGUCCACUCCCGUUGGGGUUGGGGCAACAAAAUGGGGGCUUUGCGUAGAAAACUACAAAACUCAUCACAACAUUGCACUCACCGAUGGUGACAGACAGGAAAAAAGUGCGACUGGGGGGCGCUCGGACCUGUGGCUGCACCCGUUUAUCCCGGCUGCUAGAUGGGUGACAGUAAGUCUGCUUGUCCCCAUCGCGCAAGUUGUGCAGCGGUUGCAAGAACGAGGACUGACCGACUUGUUGUCGGUUGCUGUCGUGCCUCCCUGUGUUAAUAGCAGCGAUACCGCUGACUUCGACGACCGCAAUGAAACGGACGAUGGGGCUCAUAUGGUCGAAGAGGGCAGUAGUAUGGGGGAAUUUCCCUCUUUGAAGUCAAUAAACGCUUUGCAAGUGUACAGCAGCGUCUCCGACCCGAGUGAAAGCCGUGCAAGUUUUCGCGACUACAUGUCGUUGUUCAUUGAUAUUGCGCUGUGUCGUGACACAGAGCGCAUUGUGCACAAAUUUCUGUAUCGUCUUUUCACAGAGUCGCAUUGGUGGUACCGUUGCGGUGAAGCGGAAUACGCGUGCAGUGGGACCGCGUCUAGCUUCAUUUCAAACACCUUCGCGGAGGCGAUUAAAGAACAUCCUCUCGGGCAGUUUGUUCGCCUCUCCGUCGCACCCAAGUUAGAGGUUGUAGAUGAGAAUGACAAUGGGAGCACCCGUGUUGAUUGUCAGUCAGAAAUGCUCCGCACUUUCGCCGCGUUUGAGCUCGUCUUUACUCUCCCGCCCGAUGUUGAUCUUAUACUUGUCCCCCGAUAUCUCUCAGUUGAGUGGGAUGAGAGUGGAGAUGUGCGGGAGACUUACACCUCCUAUUUUUGGAAGCGGCGGCAAUGCAGCGAGGAGCGAACAGGGCAACCAGCGGAAUUGACGGAUGCAACAGGGCAGCGGGCGCGAGAUAGCUGGAGUUACUGCUUUGGUUACCUGUGUUCGCUUUACUACGCCCAAAUAUCACUUCGAGAGCAAAGGAAGCGACUGCAGCGGCAGGACGUUGACGAAUACAACAGCGCAGCAGCGCCAGGUGAGGCACUAUUCGGGUACCGUCAUCGUGCUGUACGCGUUAUUAGGGGCCUUGGUAGUGCCUACUUCGAGCUUUCAUUUGCAGUUGAUUGCCUUCUUAGUUUCAAUAAAAACGUGGUAACUGUUGUGGCGUGCGAAAUGGAGAAACUGACGAGAGUGGGGUCCGCGAGUUCUUGUAUAGCCCUGUGCCAGAGCCUUGACGCCUUGCUCCUUCGACUGCUCAUUGUCUGCUUUCCGGAAGGAGCCAGCUCAAGUCUUGCGGGCGCAUCAGCUGCCAAAACUUCCAUUACUAACUCUGUUACUGCCCUGCUAGUAAUUGCUUUGGACCCAGCAAGUCUUCCGGUUAGACGGGUGAUGUCGUGCACACGCAGCGCCGUCGAAGCCCUUGUGGCGGUUGUACGGACGCUUCCAGCAUCAUCGGCGGUCCGAAAGCACGUCAAGCCGCUGUUGGUACUUCUCACUUUCAACCGAUUUUACGGUGAGUAG